UCCAAUCCGGUUCAGCGGAGUUAAUAUCACUCCGCUCUUUACCUCCAACCCCCAGUUAGAUCAAUUAAUUCGCGCACCCAUCUCCUCUCUCUCACGCUGGUCUCUCACAGUGAACCGCUGGACAGCUCCCGUUACUGGUGAUCCGAAGCCCGCAUGUCCUUUCCCAAGGGGGGUUUCUACCGCGCUACGCUUGGAGCACUGCCGCUGAAAAAAAGAUGAAUAACUAAACGGUUUUAGUUGUUUCUUCAUAACUUGGAAACUACCACCGACGUACCUGACUGCUUUUUGUUGCUAUUGUAUUGGGAGAUUCAUUGUGCAACCGGUUCCAUACGCACUGCGCUCAUGAAUUGAUUCGUGGGUUGUGUGGUUUUUAGAAAAGGAUUUUUGUGAUAGUGGGACCAGUGUCGCUCAGCGGUGAAUCGGAAUCAUGGAGGGAUCAUUUGGAUGUUUUUGGGUGAAAAGACUUUCGGUAUUUGUCUGGUUAUGCUAUCUCACCGGUGAUUCACCAUCAUAUGGUGCACAGUCCUCCUCAUCGUCCCAGGUGUUCGUGGACUUCAGCUUCGUUCUGGAACCCCAGGACGCGGUGACAUUACGGGGAGGUGUUCUUCAGCUGGACUGUGAGGCUCAGUCAGACCAGGGUAUUCCAAUCAUCGUCUGGAAGAAGGACGGGGUGUUGCUCAGUGCCGUGGUGGACGAGAGGAGACAGCAGUUCCCUAACGGGUCUCUAGUGGUCCAGAACGUGGUUCAUUCACGACACCACCGACCUGACGAGGGGCUCUACCAGUGUCUGGCCAGGCUGGAUGGGGUGGGGGCCAUCGUCAGCAGAACGGCUCAAGUGACUGUUUCUGGUCCGUUGAAGCUCGUGGUCCCUACAGAGUCAGUGUCCUCCUACCUGGGUGACACGGCCCUGAUGCGCUGUGAGGUGACUGGUGAUCCCAUGCCCGUGGUACGCUGGCAGAAGAACAGAGAGGACCUGCCCCUCACCUUGACACCAGAGAGCAGGGUGGUGGUACUGCCCUCUGGCUCGCUCCAGGUUAGCAAAGUCCAGCCACCAGACUCUGCCACCUACCGCUGCCUGGCAGACAACCCUGGCAGCGCCCGCACCGGCAGCGACGCAGACCUACGUGUGUUGCCAGAACCCGGAACCACCAGGGGCCUUCUGUUUCUCCAGAAGCCCCAGAGAGUCACCUCCCUCCUGGGGAGAGAUGCCGUGUUGGAGUGCUCCGCCUCUGGGUUCCCCACCCCCGCCUUCCACUGGAUGAGAGGAGCCGAGAGGAUACAGAGCAGGUCUAAGAAGUACUCCCUGCUGGGCGGCAGUAACCUCCUGAUCAGCAGCGUAACGGACGACGACUCAGGCUCCUACAGCUGCGUGGCGUUUAACAAGAACCAGAACAUCACGGCUUCCUGCGAGCUGUCCGUCCUCGUGCCACCCCAGUUCCUGAACUACCCCACCAACACGUAUUCCUAUGAGAGUACGGACAUGGAGCUGGAGUGCGCUGUAACGGGGAACCCUCCUCCCACGGUGCGUUGGAUGAAGAACGGAGAGGAGGUCAUCCCCAGUGACUACUUCCAGAUCGUUGAUGGCAGUAACCUCCAGAUCCUUGGUCUGGUGAAGUCAGAUGAAGGUUUCUAUCAGUGUGUGGCUGAGAACGAAGCAGGGAACGCCCAGGCUAUGGCCCAGCUCAUACUGAGAGAGCCAGUUGUCCCCAGCUCAGGUGUCCUCCUCCCCUCUGCUCCCCGUGACGUGGUCCCUGUCCUAGUUUCCAGCCGUUUUGUCCGCCUCAGCUGGCGUCCCCCGCAGGAGACCAGAGGAACUGUCCAGACUUACGGCAUCUACUACUCCCAGGACACGGUCAACAGGGAGAGGUCUGUGAACGUGUCGGAGCCAGAGACCCUCCAGAUGACUGUCAGUAACCUGAAGCCAGAGGAGACCUACUCCUUCAGAGUGGUGGCCUACAACGACAACGGCCCUGGGGAGAGAUCCGAGACACUCAAACUCACCACGCAGCCUGAGUUGCAUGUCCCCGGGCCAGUGGAGAACCUCCAGGUAGAGUCCAUCUCUCCCACCUCCAUCCAGGCCUCCUGGGACGUCCCGACCUACGCCAACGGGCCCCUGCUGGGGUACAGACUGCUCUGGACCGAGACACCCUCUGGGAAGGAACAGAGUGUGGAGGUGAACGGGCAGAGUUAUAAGAUGGAGGGGCUGAAGAAGUUCACAGAGUACUCGUUGCGUGUCUUGGCAGUGAACCGCUAUGGCCCUGGGGUCACCACAGAGGACAUGAGCAUCACCACGCUGUCUGAUGUGCCAAGUGCUCCACCACAAAACAUCUCCUUAGAAGUCGUCCUCUCCAGAAGCAUUAAGGUGAGCUGGCAGCCCCCUCCUCCCAACAGCCAGAACGGGUUCAUCACCGGCUACAAGCUCCGACACCGGAAGACCGGCCGACGAGGAGACCAGGAGGCCAUCGAACCUAACAACUUCUGGUACCUGUUCACAGGGCUGGAAAAAGGCAGUCAGUACAGUUUCCAGGUCUCUGCCAUGACAGCUAACGGCACGGGCCCGGCCAGCGAGUGGUUCACCGCCGAGACGCCAGAGAACGACCUUGACGAGAGCCAAGUCCCGAACCAGCCGAGUUCCCUCCAUGUUCGACCCCUGCCCAACAGCAUCAUCAUGAGCUGGACUCCUCCCCUAAACCCCAACAUCCUAGUACGGGGCUACAUCAUUGGCUACGGAGUAGGAAGUCCCUACGCUGAGACGGUCAGGGUGGACAGUAAGCAGCGAUACUACGCCAUAGAAAACCUGGAGCCCAGUUCCCACUAUGUCAUCUCCCUGAAAGCCUUCAACAAUGCAGGAGAAGGGGUCCCCCUGUACGAGAGCGCUGUGACCAGAUCUAUAACAGACCCCAUUGAUCCGUCAGACGACGAUCUGUUCCAUCUGUUUGAUAAAUAUCCUACUCCCAUGCCAGAUACAUCCACCCCCAUGAUCCCCCCAGUAGGUGUCCAGGCCGUGGCCCUGACCCCAGACUCUGUCAGGGUCAGCUGGGCAGACAACUCCAUGACCAAGAACCAGAAGACCACUGAGGUUCGCUACUACUCCGUCAAGUGGAAGACCAGCUACUCUACUAGUGGGAAGUUCAAGUCUGCAGACACAACAGCCCUCAGCCACUCCGUCACUGGCCUUAAGCCAAACACCAUGUACGAGUUCGCUGUCAUGGUUACCAAGGGCCGCAAGUCUAGCACGUGGAGUAUGACCGCUCAUGCCACCACUUACGAAGCAGCUCCCAGCUCCGCCCCCAAGGACCUGACGGUAAUCAGUCGUGAGGGGAGACCCAGAGCUAUUCUGAUUAGCUGGCAACCCCCAAUGGAGACUAACGGACGGAUCAUGGGCUAUAUCCUGUACUACACCUUGGAUAAGAACAUGCCUAUUGAUGACUGGGUAAUGGAGAGUAUCAGUGGAGACCGUCUGACCCACCAGGUGAUGGACCUGAACCUGGACACAGUCUACUACUUCAGGAUCCAGGCUAAGAAUGCCAAGGGAGUGGGUCCCCUGUCAGACCCCAUCCACUUCAGGACUAACAAAGUGGAACAUCCAGACAAGAUGGCCAACGAUCAAGGUCGCCAUGGAGAUGGCGGCUACUGGCCUUCUGACAACAACCUGAUUGAUAGGAGCAGUUUGAACGACAUUGGUCAGAUGCGUCCUCCUCACGGCAGCGUGACUCCCCAGAAGAACAGCAACCUUCUGGUCAUCAUCGUGGUCUCCGUGGGUGCCGUUACCGUGGUAGUGGUUGUCAUAGUAGCGCUGAUCUGCACCCGGCGCUCCUCCGCACAACAGAGAAAGAAGCGUGCCACCCACAGUACAGGGAAGAGAAAAGGUAGUCAGAAGGACCUGAGACCUCCAGACCUGUGGAUCCAUCAUGAGGAGAUGGAACUGAAGAACAUGGAGAAGCCUGCCAGCGCCGCCCCCUCCGGACGCGAUUCGCCCAUCCAGGGUUCUAUCCAGGAUAUCAGGUCUCAGUCUGUCAGUCACAGCCAAUCAGAGAGCCAGAUGGGCAGUAAGAGCAGCCACUCAGGUGGAGACAACGAUGAGGCUUCCAGCUGCAUCUCAACGUUAGAGCGCUCUCUAGCUGACAGGAGGGCGACACGUACCAAGCUGUUGAUCCCCAUGGACUCUCAGCCUAGCAACACCACUGUUGUCAGUGCCAUCCCAGUGCCAACCCUGGAGGGUAGCCAGUACCCUGGCAUUCUGUCCUCGCCCACCUGCGGGUACAGCCAUGGUACUUUGACCACUCAUCCCAAGUUCACCCUGAGACCGAUGCCCUUCCCCAGCCUCACCGUGGACCGCAGCUACACAGCAGCGAUAUCGACAGAGGGCAGCUCCACGCUGGGGGUACAGCAGACCUUGAUCAGCAGCAGUAGCAGUAAGCCAGGUGUAGGAGGUAAAGGGGACCUUUCUCUCCCUGGCACAGAGGAGGUCGGAGGUACCUCGACCCGUACCAUCCCAACCGCCUGCGUCCGGCCCACGCACCCCCUACGCAGCUUCGCCAACCCCCUCCUGCCUCCACCCAUGGGCACCAUCGACCCCAAGGUCUACACACCCAUGAUGCCACAUUCAAGUGCCAGCCUACCCAAGCCAACAGUAAAAACAGCAUCUCUGGGGCAAGCUGGCAAGGCCAGAUCACCACUACUACCGGUCUCCGUGCCAACAGCCCCCGAGAUGGGUGAAGAGGGACAGAAACAGAUAGAUGACUCAGCCAAUGUUUACGAACAAGACGACUUGAGUGAACAGAUGGCGAGCCUAGAGGGACUCAUGAAGCAACUCAACGCCAUCACUGGCUCGGCCUUUUAACCCCAGCAGCCCUGGCAGAGAGUCCCACCCAGACAGUCCGUCAGACCUACAACACAGCACAGACAGACAGAUAGCAGUACCACUAGAAGAAGCAGGACCACAGAAACAAGGGGCAGAGGGGGGAGGGGCAUGGUGCCUGGACCUCAGAAACACAGAUACUUCUCAACAAACCCCCUAUAAUACUAUAACCAACCCACCUAACGGACCUCUCUGUGUCCCUUUAAUACUGUAACCAACCCCCCUAUCUGUCCUGUCUGUUCCUCUAUAAUACCCCCCCCCCCCCCCCUCGACCCCCAGGACCUCUGAAAGGGGGACGACGAAGACUCUAAAAUGAUAAACGAUGAAGAAAUUCUAUUUUAUGUUUUCCACAGUGUUGUUUUCCCUUUCAAACGUCAACUUUUUGAGUUUUCAUUGAUCAAUGUUGUUUUUGUUUUUUGUUUUCAUGUGCGUUACUGGUGUUUUGGAUUGAAUUUGGAACUGAAGCUCAAGUGUAACAGCUGGACCUAUAAGACCUAAGGACUGUUUGCUAUCUCCAGACAUCAAUGUUUCUCUGGACCCUCGUUGCCUGGUGAUGAUGUGAGAUGACAAUGGUAGGUCUCACAGUGGUAGGUCUCGCUGUGGUAGGUGUCGCAGUGGUAGGUCUCGCUGUGGUAGGUCUCGCAGUGAUAGGUAUCACAGUGGUAGGUCUCACAGUGGUAGGUCUCACAGUGGUAGGUCUCACAGUGGUAGGUCUCACUGUGAUAGGUGUCGCAGUGGUAGGUCUCACAGUGGUAGGUCUCGCUGUGGUAGGUCUCACAGUGGUAGGUCUCACAGUGGUAGGUCUCACAGUGGUAGGUCUCACAGUGGUAGGUCUCGCAGUGGUAGGUCUCACAAUGGUAGGUCUCACAGUUGAAGGUCUCACAGUGGUAGGUCUCGCAGUGGUAGGUGUCACAGUGUUAGGUCUCACAAUGGUAGGUCUCGCAGUUGUAGGUCUUACAGUGGUAUGUCUCGCAGUGGUAGGUGUCACAGUGGUAGGUCUCACAGUGGUAGGUCUCGCAGUGGUAGGUCUCGCAGUGGUAGGUCUCACAGUGGUAGAAUCUCACAGUGGUAGGUCUCACAGUGGUAGAAUCUCACAGUGGUAGAAUCUCACAGGGGUUGGUCUCACAGUGACCACAUGCAAACGGUCAGUGACCACAGCCUAGAACAUUCCACAGGCUGUGGGAACACUGGUUAGACCUAGAACUGAAUCACCUCUAGACGGACUCUAGGGGAUCAUGGCAGACCCCGGGAAAGAUCUCCAUAUCUCCUUGUUCGGGUCCAUCUACAGUAUGUUGCUUCUCCUCAACUUACAUCUACAGUAUGUUGCUUCUCCUCGACUCUGCCCUGGUCAUGUUGCUUCUCCUCGACUCUGCCCUGGUCAUGUUGCUUCUCCUCGACUCUGCCCUGGUCAUGUUGCUUCUCCUCAACUCUGCCCUGGUCAUGUUGCUUCUCCUCAACUCUGCCCUGGUCAUGUUGCUACCCUAUCACAACCACAGACAGCUGUUUGGUAUUUGCCAAAAUGUUGUUUUGAAAUCAUUAGAACAACAUGUCCAAACCAGACUUAUAAUCACUCGUUCCAGUCGAGGUAUGGAGGGUCUUGGAACGUAUUGGGAAUCAAGACGGUAUCAAGUGGUAUUACAAGGUGGUUGGAAGGCUUUUGUAUGAAUAUAAGAUAUUUACUUUAUUGACAAUGAGUUUGGUCCCUGUUAAAACGUAUCUGUUGACAACCUUAUCCAACGGGAUCUUUUUGUUGCUUUAUGAUGCAUUGGUGGUGAUGAUUGUGAUGAUGAUGGUGAUCUUCAGUUUUUAACAGUUAAGGUUGUCAUGAGACAAACACAUGUACCUCAGUUUAUUUAAGCUUGGCUGACUGUGAAGGACGAUCACCCCAGAGGUUGUUUCGGAUGCGAUCACCCCAGGGGUUGUUUUGGAUACGAUUUCCCCAGGGGUUGUUUCGGAUGCGAUCACCCCAGGGGUUGUUUUGGAUACGAUCACCCCAGGGGUUGUUUUGGAUACGAUCACCCCAGAGGUUGUUUCGGAUGCGAUCACCCCAGGGGUUGUUUUGGAUACGAUCACCCCAGGGGUUGUUUUGGAUACGAUCACCCCAGGGGUUGUUUUGGAUACGAUUUCCCCAGGGGUUGUUUCGGAUGCGAUCACCCCAGGGGUUGUUUUGGAUACGAUCACCCCAGGGGUUGUUUUGGAUACGAUUUCCCCAGGGGUUGUUUUGGAUGCGAUCACCCCAGGGGUUGUUUUGGAUACGAUUUCCCCAGGGGUUGUUUUGGAUACGAUUUCCCCAGGGGUUGUUUUGGAUACGAUUUCCCCAGGGGUUGUUUUGGAUACGAUUUCCCCAGGGGUUGUUUUGGAUACGAUUUCCCCAGGGGUUGUUACGGUUGCAAUCAACCCAGGGGUUGUUUUGGUUACGAUUUCCCCAGGGGUUGUUUUGGAUACGACUUCCCCAGGGGUUGUUUUGGAUACGAUCACCCCAGGGGUUGUUUUGGAUGCUAAUGCAGGGGGGGCAUUUUAUAGAUGAUAAACGAUGCAUAUGAUUUCCAUAUAGUUUCCAUAUAGUAUAUACAGUAUUUUACAGUACAACUAUUUCUAAUCCAAUUUGUAACAGCCUCCUCCCGACUUGUGAUAUUGUGUUACAUUAGGGUGCUCCAUGGACAGCUAUGCAUCACUGACGAUAGAUACAUAACCUUUAGUUUUUUAACAAAACAAGGCACCUGGGUGGGGGGCGGGGGGGGGGGGGGCAUGUACAACUGAAUCAUUAAUCGCCAUGGAAAUAGGACAUCGAUAUCCUCAUGUUUGACUCUGGUAACCCAUGGUAACUGUGCUCCCUUUUAUAAUUUGCAAGUGUCUAUUUUUCUUCUGACGAUGGAUUGUCCUGGGGACAAAAAACAGAAGAAGAAGAAGAAGAAGGAAUAGCUGCAUUGGCAUUCUGAACAUGUAUAGGGGGGGGGGGGGGUUGUGAAGAAGUGAAUUCAUUACAUUGUUUCCAAUUUCAGGAUUCAUUAUUCAAUAUUAGAAUUCUGACUUGCGCUAUUGGAAAAAAAAUUAGAAAAGAUGACUCCAGGAAAGUAAUGAGGAUGCUGAAUGGUAUAAUGUUAUGGUAUUGAUGUCUGUGUCGGUGAGAGAUUCACAUGGAUUAGCAUCGAGGGAUAGAAACACAUAAUGGCCGCCUCCGUUAAAGAUUCAGAGAUCAGCCCGACUCGUCACAAAACAAAACAAACCACUCAUCUUGUACGUAAUGCCAUUUAGUUUUAGAUUUUUUUUUUUUUUAAUCUGUUUGCCCUUUAAUUAAAAUACUUUGUUUGUUUGUUUUACGUUGUUGAGAAAAAAGACGUUGUAUGUGCCAAUACAUUUCACCUUUUGUUCUUAGUAUUUCUCUUUUUGUCGAUCACUUUAUUUGUAUGGAGAUCUGUUGUGAAAAUGUAAAAUGUGCUCUCUUUUGUUUUUUUUUCUUCCUCUCUUUGCCCUAAACGCAGGGUAACACAUGAUCUAUGACAUUCUAUCGACACGGUCUUCUCCUCUGGAAGACAGUCAGUCGAACAGAAACAUGGCUCAAUCUUUUUCUUGUGUAUUUUUUUAUUAUUUAUUUUACCUUGGACAGAAAGGAUGACUACAUGGGAAAAAAAAGGCUUGAGUCCCAAAUGGCAUUAUAUUCCCUAUGUAGUACACUACAUUUGGCUGGAGCCCUGGUCAUAAAGUAGUGCUCUAUAUAUAUAUAUAGAAUAGGAUACCAUUUAAGAUACAACCAAUGCUUU